AAUGUCUAUAACAUCUCUUCAUUAAUGGCCCCAAUUUACACCCUCAUUCCUCGCCGGCCUACCCUUUUCUCUACCCCCACAACUCGCAAGAGAAGCGAAACGGCGUCGUCUUCACAAGCCUCUGCUCUCUGCGCUCUUUCCCGACAAAUAUCUAGCCAUUAAAAAAGGAAAUGCCUUCUUUAUAGAGAUCCAAAAAACCGCCACUCACUCACUCUGUAACAGCGAACCGAUCUCUCCUCUCAUCUUUCUCAGUGACUUUUCCAUCUCAAGCUUCGUACGGUUCCCUCCCAACCACCGCACCUCGUCGACCAUCCUCACACGCGCCACCAAUAUGACAUCCACCAUCUUCGCCACUCGCCGCCCAUGGCGCGAAAUAAUUGAAUUCUCCUCCUUCGCGCACCCAUUGUCCCUCGGCGAUACCACAAUCCGCAUAAAACGGAACCUCUCCUACUUUCGCGUUAAUUACACAAUGAUAAUCCUCUCUAUCCUCUUCUUAAGUCUCUUAUGGCACCCUCUCUCAAUGAUUGUCUUCUUAAUCGUCUUCGUCGCCUGGUUUUACCUUUACUUCUUUCGUGACCAGCCAUUGGUGAUUUUCCACCGCACGAUUGAUGAUCGUGUGGUGCUUGGUUUGCUCGGUGUCACUACUCUUGUUGCUUUGAUUUUCACACACGUAUGGUUAAAUGUCUUGGUUUCGCUCUUGAUUGGAGCUGCUGUUGUUCUCUUACACGCUGCGUUUAGAAGAAGUGAUGACUUGUAUUUGGACGAACAAGAUUUGCCAUCGCCUAGCGCUCAACGCCCAACGGCAAAUGUGGCUUCCUCGUUUCCGGAUCCGGUUCCAUCAGAAUCUCAUCCUCGGAUUCCACCAUGUUUUGGUACAGACUGCAUAUUACCAGGGACACGAUUUUACUCGUAAAAUGGUAUGA